ACCAUGCUGACAUUGACAGCCCAGGUGCAUCCUGGGAGUCGUAGUCCGUUCUCCGCCUGCAGCCCGUUAGCAGCGCUGUGUCCUCCGCCCUAGAGGAACUACACAGCUCCGGGUCCUGGACACAGAGGCGGCUCACAGCGUUGACAGCGGUUGGUACUGAGGCGAAGUACGAGCACAAAUAUCGUCCGUCUGCUGCUGGGUUUUGUUUUUUUUUACCAAAAAGUUGCACAUCUGCAAGUAUGCAGUCCGAGUCGGGAAUAGUUCCUGACUUCGAGGUCGGAGAGGAGUUUCAAGAGGAGCCGAAAACAUAUUACGAGUUGAAGAGUCAACCCUUGAAAAACAGCAGCCCGACGGGCCAGCACGGCUCCUCCAAGCCCCCGCUGAGCUCCUCGGCCAUGACAUCACGCAUCCUGCUGCGGCAGCAGCUGAUGCGGGAGCAGCUUCAGGAGCAGGAGCGGCGGGAACAGCAGAGACAACAGGCCUCCCAGUACCCACAAACCACAGCGGCCCAGACCCCUGCCAUCAAUGUCAGCGUCCCAGCCAGUUUACAGCCGACUUCCCAGGUGCCAAUGGAGGUGCUCAAGGUCCAGACUCACCUGGAGAACCCAACCAAGUACCACAUCCAGCACUCCCAGCAGCAGCAGGUGAAGCGAUACCUGGGAAAGCUCGGCUCUCAGGUGUUGAGCUUGCCCUGCCACAACCAGUCCUCUGACCACGGGGGCAUGCCGCCAGGGCCGGGCAACAGCGCCCCCAACAGCCCUAUGGCCUUACUGACCCUCAACGCUAACUGCGAGAAAGAGAUGGAUGAUGUCAUCGAUGACAUUAUUAGUCUGGAGUCCAGUUACAGUGAUGAAAUCCUCGGCCUGAUGGACCCAGGGCUUCAGAUGGCUAACACGAACCCCCUGAAUGCUAACCUCAUGGACAUGUACGGUAAUCAGGGGAUGUCCCAGCAGUGUCUGCCCAUCAGCAACUCCUGCCCUGCCAACAUCAAAAGGGAAUACUCCGUUUCACAAUCCCCGGCCAUCAUGCACAUGCUGGAUAAGUCUGGAUCCUGCGGCAAGUUUGACAACUAUCAAAGACCUGAAGGGUUCCCUGUGGAGGUAAGAGCGAUGGCAAAGGAAAGGCAGAAGAAGGAUAAUCAUAAUUUGAUUGAGAGAAGACGACGGUUUAACAUCAAUGAUCGAAUCAAGGAAUUGGGCACUUUAAUUCCUAAAUCCAACGACCCCCAAUCAAGGGAACACAAAGAGGAAUUGUCGAUUUUAUCCCCCAUCUCCUAUUCCAUGGACAUGCGCUGGAACAAGGGCACGAUCCUGAAGGCGUCGGUGGACUACAUCAGGAAACUACAGCGGGAACAGCAGAGAGCCAAGGAGCUGGAGACUCGCCAGAAGAAGCUCGAGCACGCCAAUCGACACCUGAUGUUGAGGAUACAGGAGUUAGAGAUGCAGGCGCGGGCUCACGGUUUGGUCAUCACGUCUUCAGCGCUCUGCGCCGCUGAACUCACGGCCCGGUCCAUCAAGCAGGAGUCCUCUCUGGAGGACUGUCGCCAGGACCUGUACACGCUCCACCCCCAUCACCAACACCACCCGGCCUGCACUCCAGAACCACCCGGAGCCCUGGAGGUCAACGAAGGCCACUCCAACUUCCCAGAGGGUCACUACAGCGCUCACGGAAAGCCGGGCUCCAAGCUCAACGACAUCCUCAUGGAAGACACCUUGUCACCGGUGAGAGGGGUGGACCCGUUGCUCUCGUCCGUCUCCCCGGACACCUCAAAGGACAGCAGUCGUAAGAGCAGCGUGAGCAUGGAUGAGAAUGAUCAGUGCUGUUAGCACCCGCUACUGGAAGACCCCUCGCCUGCAUCUCCAAGUGUCCCUGUCAGUAGCUAACACACUCCCAGCUGCUGGAGAGCCGUUCUCCUGUUUUGUCUCAUUUGUUUCUGUUUGGUUUUUUUUCUCCCUCACCCGUGUUUACAUGUACUGAAUCUUUUCCAUUCAUGUUUUUUGUUAGUUUUUUUUGUGAUAUCUUUGUCUUUUCAAGCCCUCCAACUUGAUUUCAAGGACUGAUUAUGAAGUAUGUUUGCUUUAAUCAACACUUUCAUGACAAUGAGUUACAAAAAAAUAGAAGUUUUUAUAUUUAAAAAAAAAAAAUCUUUGAAUAGAGGCUAGAUUAUGUUUAUUUCUAUUGAUUCCAAAGAAUCUAGGGAAGUUUAGAAAUCAUGGUCAGAUAUGUAGAUAUUUUGUGUUGAGGUGAACACUGCUUUUUAAAUCACAAGCAAUAAUAGAAGAAAACAAAUCUAUUUAUUACUACAGUAUAGUGCUUUACACUCCUCGUGUCUUAGAUUGAACUUGAAUGUGCCAAUGCCUUAUUAAGAUGUGUACACAUCGAUGUUGUAUUGCUAUGCACAUUUUUUUUUGGCUGUUAGCUGAGUCUUUUGUCAGUCUUCCAGUUGAAAUUUCUUCCUCGACAAAAUAUUAAUCAUUUGUAGAUUUGAUAUUAUUUAUGUAUCUAUAUGUAAACAGGACUUUAUAUACACAUUCCCCUCAACAAAAUUUAUUUAUAACAAGGCAUUUAAAAGGGCCUUUUUUUUUUAAAUAACUGAGAUGAUAAAAAUAAGUAAAAGCACAUUAAAAUAGGAAACUCCUUCAAGAUAAUUAAAAUGAACAAAAUCAGCAUUGAUAAUAAUUGUCUUUUAUUCAGUGUCAUAAUGAGCAAGAAGAGAGAAAAGUCACCACACUGAUGCAACCUUUAACCAUCCAGUGCCAACUGCUCAGCAGUGUGUACCAGAUAUAUUAUAAAUAUACAUUCCUCACUGCCAAAACCACUGAAAUGCUUUUUAAAGGGGAACUAAGCCCAUUUUCCAAAUUCAUACAUGUUAUUCCUAUGGUCGAAGACAGUUUAAAAAAUAUUAGUCAACCUGAACAACUCUCUCCCAAAUCCAAAAACUAGAGUGAUAAAACUGGAAUUUGUGAUGUCAUCGGGCAUAAAUCUGGAGCUGCUCCAUAAAGACAAUGAAUUGGGGGAGAGGUUACAGGUGACACUGAGAGCACCCAGGGCAAUGAUCUGAGUAUAUGGGAACAGUUUCUGUUUCACAACUGACAACACUAAAACAAUAAAGCUAAUUGGGGUAUAAAAAAGAAAACAAACACUCUGUGUGUCCACAAAAUCUGUCUCCCAUUUAUUGUCCGUGGAGCAGCUCCAGACUUUGUACCCUAUGACAUCACAAGUUUGAGACUUACUUUUCUGGUUUCCGACUUUGAGAGAGAGUAGCUCAUGUUCACAAAUAUUGAUUGAACUUUCCUCGGCCAUAGUAAUAACAUAUUGGAAUUCUUAAUUUAGGUGGUGUUCCCCUUUAAGUAAAAGAUUUUUUAUAUAAUGCAACUCAAAACUAGUAGCUCAAAUCAAAAUGAAAAAGCCUGUUGCAGCUCUGACACACGCACAAGAAGCUGAUUUCACUUGAUAGAUCUGAUUGUUACAUAAUUCUAUAUAUCUUUAAUAGAUGAUUAAUGCAAAAUGAAGAUGAAUCAGUUAAGUUGUUGUUGUAUUCUUGUCUGUAGCGAUCACACUAACUGGUAAAACUGCUUCUAUUUGAGCACAUACAGUGUAAUACUUCAGACGUGUGUCGAUGCAAGUGCUGAGUUUUUAUAUAAUUGUCCAUCCAUUUCCUAAAUUAUUUUUUUUUACACCACUGUGGUGACAUUUCACAAGUUUUUUUUUUCAAGUAUGUGAACGUUUAUAUUGCCAAGGAGUAUAAGGAGACUGCUUUGGGAUUUUGUAUGACAUUGUCAAAACACUGGAAUGACCUCUGCAAUUUGAAACGUGGUUUGUUCAUCUAUUUUAUUUUUUUUUUUUAUCAAAAGCAUAAACUAACUAUUGUAUUUGGCUUUUCAAAUGCAUACAGAAUAUUGUAUGAGAUUGUAGAUUCUUCACGGUGUACGGUUGUUGUAUAUUUCAGCAGUUUGUUUUCAACAGUUGUAGCACAUUGCGUAAGUAUAUGCCUUUGUUAAUAACUACCUGCCAUACAUUGAGAGCCCUGUUACAGCACAGCCUCCGUUUUGUUAAACUAUGCAAUGGUUGAAGUUGUGCCUGCAGAGCCGCAUCAUGUCUCGACAAUGUGAUCUCCUUAUGAAUUAGUCUAAAGCAGUGUCAAAGUAAUCCUCUUUCUGAUUGAUUUAAGUGCCUUACAGUCGUUUCUGUUACCCUGGUGAUGUAAGAGGAGUUUAGACAGUGAUGCAAUAUUUUGUGGAUGUUUAUUCUGGUGUUUGGUGCUUUGUGGAUUUACUGAAGAGUGCCAAAGUACUUUAUAAAAGUAGUAGGAAAGGGCCGUUUGUCAGUACAAGAUAACCUCUCGGCCUCGAGCCACAACAAAUAGGUUUAUGAUGGAAACCCCAAAGUGUUCAGUACUAAAUGAAUAAAUAAGGCAUUAUGAAAUAAAUUAUUAUAAAAGUAAACAGAGUCAAAUAUAUCAAGUAAAUCAUUUAAUAAAUGAUUAAAACUCAUCAUCAUUAUUAAAUGUUAUCUCAUCAUUAGUAUUUUCAUAUUAACAGUGUUUUAUUUAUUUUGGUUUUUUUUACUUCUGUACAGAUUUUUUUUUAUUUCAAAGUGCCCUUUUUCAAAAGUUUGUUUUUUUACUUAAUAAUGGCAUUUUUCCCCAAUGACACUUGUAUUUCAAAAUUGUCACAACCCCCCUUAUUUAAGAAAUAUGACCACCGCUUCAUCCCCUCAGGCAAUCUCUCAAUCCUCCUUGUAGCUACAGGCUUAACAACAGCCACGAAAUAUAUCCAGCGAGCUUCCGUUAGCUAGAGCAACGACAAUGCCAAAGCUAACCCUGACUAUAGCCGCUGCAGCAACCAAACCGUGCAUGGACACAGUAGCUAACCACUACUUUUAUUUCGCACAACAUGUUGUGUGUCCAAAGUUAUUCCUCAGAGAAAGACACAUAACUCUGUGAGGAGAAAGAGCACAAAUGUGUUUGGUUGUUGUAGCCAAGAGGAGCUAGCGAGCUUGCUGACAGUUGUUGAGCCUGCUGAGAGGGAAACAUGUGAUUGGUUGAAACUACCUUGACAUGAAAACUAUCAUUUUGAAAUAAAAAGUGUCAUUUGGAAAAGUACAAUGCUGUGAAAAUAAGAAUGAUGAAACAACAUUUCGUAGUGAUGAGUUGAGUUUUGAUGAAGUUAUAAAAUUAUUUCACUUGCCGCGCGUCUUUUGGGAUGACGAUGUCGGUCAGCCCACUACUUUGGUCCAGACUGAAAUAUGUAAAAUAUAUAAAUAUAUAUAUAACUAAAACACCUUGACCGAUGGCGUUGUUGCGGAAGCAUAGUCAGCCUCAACUGUAUUUUCUGUUUAGUGCUAACCAGCACUCACAGAGCCGCUAUAGCUUGGCUGUAGACUUGUUUAUUCACAUAAUUAUAUAUUUCAUGUCUUUAUUUAUUUAAUAUUGAACACGUUGGCGUGGCUGUUUAUUCUGUUUUAUCUUUAUUAAGGUCAAAUUUGACACUGAAGGCAGUUUUUUUAAAAGUUGUACUGAAUAUUCAGCAUCCUUUCGAGACUAGUAUGAAUGUAGUUCAAAGUGACAACUGCCAAAAUGUGUUGCCAAAAUUAAAUAUACAAUAUGUUUAUAUAAAAGUUAUAAAUAGCAAUUUUAACAGCUUAGCUAAUGCACCUAAUGGAGUUUCUCUUCUGUAGUGACAAUAGAGCAAUACCUAAAACAUGACGGCAAUCAGGCCACAAGUAAACUACAAAUAGGUGAAGUACAUUGUGAAAGUCAAAAUUCUGUCCUCGGAAACAGUAGUUUGACAAAAGAAGAUCUGAAGAUCUGCUUCAUGAUAGCCUUUCUGGAGCUUUCAACUGCAUCUCGCAGUCUUUAUCAGCAGAUAGAGAUAGCUCAGCUGUCAUCACGUGACAGUGAAGUAGUAUGAAACGUCUGUCGCUAAGACCGUGAGAUGUGGUUGAAAGCCCAGAACAAGCAAGUAAGCGGCCCUUAAGUUGAUUAUUUUUGUGUGUCAUGGGUGAAUUACUGCCUCAGUGGACAGCAGAAUGGCCUUUAUGGUGACACCAAUCCCAGCUACUGAGCCUUAAUAGUGCAAUACACACAGGCCUGUAACGCCGCCCUUUGACUGAACCCAAAUCAGCUUUUUCUUUAAUGGAAUAUAAAUCAUCGAAACCCUGAAAUGUGACAGGUACGAAUGAACAUCAGCAUUGUACCUGAUGGUGGUGCCACUUAAUUAAAAGCCAUCACUACGACUGAUUCCUCAUGAUGACACUUCCAGCUGUUAAUUAUUAUGGCACAUUAUGGGUCAACCACUAAUGAAGAACCAUAUUAGCUCAGAUUAGAUCCCUCUCAUUCCUGUGGUUCACACAGACUACGUUUCUCCGCUGAUGUUGCUACUGUUCUUAUUGUUACAGCUUAUAUGAGAUGAAUGUAGCAAUAGUUACUGUACACAUUGGUUUCAGAUUAGUGAACUCAAACACUGGUACUCAAUGUGGAAGCUAUCUUGUGAGAAAUAUUAAAAGUUUUAUUUGAAUGUU